AUGGAGCUUAAAGCGGCACUUCAUGGUGCCACUGCAAUCUUCGCUAUCACCGACUUCUGGAGCGCCAUCCAAACCGAGCAAGUUGCCUGCGCCGUCCGAGACGAGGGCAUCGACGUGGCCCAAAUCGUGGUCGGAUUCUACAACUCUAACAUUGUGCCCGGAGCCUACUUUGGACCUGAGGUCAACCAAACCACUAAGAAAGCCGAGUUCGAGGGACCCGUAAGUGUCGACUCUCUGAUUCCGUUCAUCGACGCCCUCGUCAGCACUGGUCCGUUUGUAAGAGAGCUGCUUGCAGAACCGGCAGAAGGAAUCUCUCAAGAUGCUAGUCAAUCUCAGUGUCGGGGCAGUGUCGAAGAGUAG